AUGCAAUCGCAAACCGCCCCCGCGCAGGGCCUCAGCGGCGCCAACAUCUCCAAGCGCCGCAAGUUCGUCGCCGACGGUGUCUUCUACGCCGAGCUCAACGAGUUCUUCCAGCGCGAGCUGGCCGAGGAGGGCUACUCUGGCGUCGAGGUCCGCGUCACACCCACCGUCACCGACAUCAUCAUCCGCGCCACACACACUCAGGAGGUGCUGGGAGAGCAGGGCAGGAGGAUCCGCGAGCUCACCAGCCUGAUCACUCACCGCUUCCGCUUCCCUCCGGACAGCGUCUCGCUCUACGCCGCCAAGGUGCAGUCCCGUGGUCUCUCUGCCGUCGCCCAGUGCGAGUCCCUCCGCUACAAGCUUCUCAACGGUCUUGCCGUUCGUCGUGCAUGCUAUGGUGUGCUUCGCUUCAUCAUGGAGUCCGGCGCCAAAGGCUGCGAGGUCGUCGUCUCCGGCAAGCUGCGUGCCGCCCGUGCCAAAUCCAUGAAGUUCACCGACGGCUUCAUGAUCCACUCCGGUCAGCCCGCCAAGGACUUCAUCGACUCCGCCGUCCGCCACGUCCUGCUCCGUCAAGGUGUGCUCGGUAUCAAGGUCAAGAUCAUGCGCGCCUCGUCCUCUCCCAUGGACCCGGCUGGUGAGAAGUCUGGUGGCAAGGGUCUGCCCGACAGCGUCACUAUCAUUGAGCCAAAGGAGGAGCAGCCCAUCUCGCAACCAGCUUCCCAGGAUUAUGGUGCCAAGGCCGCUCAGGCGCAGGCGAAUCUGCAGCAGAGGCAGGCCGAGGCGGAAGGUGGACAGGAGGGCGGCGAGCAGCCACAGGCGGGUGAAGGCGAGUAUUAG